CGCUCUCCUCAAGCUUGUUGCGCCCUCUAGAGCUCUUUCUUUCCGGUUAAUUUUCGAACCGAGUGUAUGUGUUUUUUGUGCAUCAAAUUUAGCAUCUAUUUGUAAGAAAAGAUGCCUUCAGUAACGCUAAAAGAUGUUGACCAACAUAAAUUUGUGAAAGCUUUUGCCGCGUUCUUGAAAAAAACCGGUAAAAUGCGCGUUCCAGAAUGGGUAGAUAUAGUAAAAUCAGCUCGUUUUAAGGAACUUGCUCCUUAUGAUCCAGACUGGUAUUACAUCAGGUGCGCUGCUUUGGUUCGUCAUAUUUAUAUCCGCAGCCCAAUUGGUGUAGGAUCAGUUACAAAGAUUUUUGGUGGACGCAAACGUAAUGGUACCCACCCCAGUCACUUCUGCCGUUCUGCUGGGGGUGUUGCUCGUAAAGCCCUUCAAAGCUUAGAACAAUUGAAACUGAUCGAAAAGGCUCCUCUUGGUGGACGUAAACUUACCAGUCAAGGUCGUAGAGAUUUGGAUCGCAUUGCAGCGCAAGUGAAAGCAAAAAGCAAAAAACAACUUAAAAUGCAAGAAACACUCUGCCUUUGAUUUUUCUACCUCUGAAAUAAAAAUGGAAAACUCAUA